GCAAGUUUCUGCUGCGACCCAUUACCGGCAUUUGAUGCAACUUUGAUGUGACGGGAAGGUUAUUAAGCCUCCGUCUUGCUAUUCUCAAAGUCAUCUUUUGAAUCACUCCGCAGAGCUCUGGUUCUACUAGCAUAAUGCUCGUCACCCAGCCUAUUCGUCCCCGGCCGAUCAAAACUCGGUCCAGAGCAGGGUGCAAAUACUGUCGUGACAAGAGAAAGAAGUGCUCGGAAGAACGCCCACAAUGUCUUCGUUGUGUGCAGGCUGGCAUAGUCUGUACCUAUGAACCUAUAAAGAAGAGGAAGAGAAGAACCUCGGCCCGGCUGGUAGAUGCUCAAGACUCCAUGGCAUCAGACGACUCAAAUAGCCCAACGGGCAACACGAACUGUCAGACAAGUCCAGAUACGAAUAUCGUCACCCCACCCGAUGUCUUUCAACUAGGUGCAGAAGAGACUCGUUCUCCAACGUCGGCAGUAGAGAGUAGUUAUUCCGCUUCGAUCGAUUCUGCCUUUGCCUUUCCCGAAGACCUCGACGAUACAGGCAGUUACGAUUUUGGCUACGAGGCCCCGCAACCCUAUGAAGACGGCUUCAAGCUGAUGGCGGAUCUGGGCUGUCAGAAGUCAGCUGACGUUCACCUCCCACUCUCUCUUGCGACUGUAGAACAGAGUUUCCAACAACCGGUAGAAGAUUCCUUUUUCAGCGCCAGUUUCAAUAUAUCUUGGAACGAGCAACCCUGGUCAACCGCAUCUCCGCCCUUGCUGGACCUUCUACCGCCGCCUUACCACGCCACUCCCGAUUGUCCAGAGGAUACCGGCUUGCUAGAUCACUACUCCAAAGUUAUGCUACCGACAAUGGGGUUCGUAGAUGGCGUCGCAAACCCCUUCGAGCAACAUAUUCUUUCUCUUUCGCACAGAAGCUCCGCCGUCCGAAGUGCGAUAUACGCGUUGGCCAGCGCUCAUCGUGAAUAUGCUGGUCUCGAGACUACGGAGGGAUCUGCGUGUUUCCAUGAAAGAGCGGUUGCUGGUCUUUCUGCGAUCAUUGAGGAUGGCGACGGAUUUGAAGAAGCUCUAGCGACAAUAAUUCUACUUAUACAAUACGAUCUGGUGUUACAACGGAGCUCGGAUAAAGUGGUGUAUAAUCAUCUCCAGGGCGCACGUCACAUCAUUGGUGCCAUGCCAUCCCCUAAGCCUGCAAGUGUGGCGUUCUUCGAACAGGUAUUUCGCUACUUCGAUGUGCUCAAUGCCUUGACGAACGGCUCGUCCCCCGUCUUUGCAGCUCCCUCAUGUCGAGCCUACUCGCCGAGUAGCCCGCCAUCGCCCUUCGUAUCUGGUGUAAUCGACCCCGUAUUAGGCAUGGCCGAUGAUCUUUGGCCCACUCUGUAUCGCCUUGCGGAGCUUAUGGCGAUGAAACGCGAGCUUCAGGCCGCCACAGCGACAGGGCAAACCUCCAAGUUCGCCGUCCUCCGUACCGAGUAUCAGACGGCAUAUAAAGCAAUCGAGGGAGCUCUGGAGUCCUGGAGUCCGACACUGCCACCAGGCUUCUCUCUCGUUAACCGCAUCGUCGACGGCCCCGAAAGUGCAUCAGAAGCGGAGCUUGCCAACAUCCGGUGGAUCACAAGCACGGCACUGGCAUACAGACAAAGCGCCCUGGUCUUCCUAUACAGUACCGUUUCGGAGUACCCUUCAUCACAUGGCCUAGUGCAGAAACACACGCAGGCCGCUCUGUGGCACUGUGCAGCGUCGGUAUCUCACGGCGGGUCAGGACUCUCCAUUUUGUGGCCUCUCUUCUUCUCUGCUUGUCAUGCCAUAUGCAGCAGGGACCGAGGCCUGGUGCGUCAGGCAUUCACGGCCUUUGGCAGCAAGAAGGGUGUGGUUGACACGGAAAAGCCGUGGGCUGUUGUCAUGGACGUGUGGAGAAGGUUGGACAUGCGAGCCUACGGCAAGGAGCAGGUGGGUUCUGAGGCCUGUCCAGACUUGUGGAGGCAAGUGGCGGCAAGCAUGAAGUUUGGACUUGUGUUUGGUUGAAUGGAAGUGACUUUCGUACAAGAGUCCGGUCCGGGGAUUUGGGGACGGAGACGGAGACGGACAAGUCUGGGGAGACCCUUGCUCCUGGCCUUUUCCGGGACCCUUGUUUUGAUAUAUGGUCGUUUAAGGGCAAUACAUGUUAUGAUAGAUACCGUAGAAACUCGAGCAACUCGAACUUGCGCUAGCCCGUGCCAGCCCUGCUAGCGCUAUGGCAGAAUCGUAAUACUGCCUAAAGUGGUUAAAUGCGG